ACCAGUAGGAACGAUUGUCCGCGGCCCCACAGUGCAGGCGCCGCGAGCCGGGGGCCGAACAUGAGGGGAGGCCGCUGUCCAUGGCGGAUGUGAGAGACGUUGGAGCCGAGUUUGGAGUCAGAGACUGACGGGGAAUAAGGGGAGAGGAGAGUCCCCUCUCAGGCACUCCACCAUGGCUACCUCGUCAGAAGAGGUGCUGCUGAUUGUGAAGAAGGUUCGCUAUAAGAAGCAGGAUGGGGCUCUGUACCUGAUGGCGGAGCGCGUGGCGUGGACCCCAGAGGGGAAGGACCGCUUUGUCAUCAGUCACAUGUAUGCAGACAUCCGGUGUCAGAAGAUCAGCCCUGAUGGGAAGGCCAAAGUUCAGCUGCAGCUGGUGUUACACACGGGCGAUGCCACAAACUUUCACUUCACCAAUGAAAGCAGUGCGGGCGCAUCAGCCAGGGACCGAGAUGCUGCCAAGGAUCUGCUUCAGCAGCUGCUGCCUAAGUUCAAGAAGAAAGCAAACAAGGAACUGGAGGAGAAGAACAGAAUGCUGCAGGAGGACCCGCUGCUCUUUCAGCUCUACAAGGAUUUGGUUGUGAGUCAAGUGAUCAGCGCUGAAGAAUUCUGGGCCAAUCGGCUGAGUGGCAGCUCGGUGGAUAACGCUGUAUCUGCUAACAAGCAGGAUAUUGGCAUCUCCGCGGCGUUCCUGGCUGACGUGCGACCGCAGACUGAUGGCUGUAAUGGCCUCCGGUACAAUCUGACCUCAGACAUCAUUCAGUCCAUCUUCAGGACGUAUCCCGCAGUGAAACAGAAGUAUGCAGAGAACGUCCCGCACAACAUGACGGAAAAAGAAUUCUGGACACGCUUCUUCCAGUCGCAUUAUUUCCACAGGGACAGGAUCAACUCUGGAUCCAAAGAUCUCUUCUCGGAGUGCGCCAAGAUCGACGAGAAAGGGUUGAAAGUUCUAGUCAGUCAGGGAGUGAGGAACCCGCUCGUGGAUCUGACAUCACUCGAGGACAAGUCACUGGAUGAGGGAUAUGGGACCUCGUGCGGCACGUCCUCCUCCAAAUCUGUCAAAGAGAACAGCAACGCCGCCAUCAUCCGCCGUUUCAACCAUCACAGCGCCAUGGUGCUGGCUGCCGGCCUCCGCAAACAAGAAACACAAAAUGAUCAUAACAGUGAGACCAGCAGCACAGACGGGAAUUCACAUGAUUCUGACUGUUUCCAGCUGCCGGUCAAAAAGGUAAAGUUACAGGAAGCCAUAGAGUAUGAAGACCUAGAGGAGAAGAACACGAGGAGGACGUAUGCACUAAAUCUGAAGAAAGCUGACAGAUACUUUCACGGUCCAACUCCUGUUCAGUCCCAGCAAUACGCCUCCAGCCAGGAGAUCAUUAACUCAGUGCACUGUAUCCGGCAGGAGAUGGCUGCUUAUUCUCCCAAACUUACUCAGGUUUUGUCCAGUAGUGCAGCCAGCACUGCCAUCACGGACCUUUCACCUGGUGGCGUGCUCAUGCAGGGAGGGACAUCGCAAUCGAUCAACCAGAUGGUGCCGGCGGAUGUGCAGGUGGAGCUGAAGCACUUGUACGUGGCUGUAGCUGAGCUGCUGAGACACUUCUGGUCCUGUUUUCCUGUCAAUACACCGUUCCUGGAGGAUAAGGUGGGGAAGAUGAUGAACAACCUGGAGAGGUUUCAGAUAACAAAGCUGCGACCAUUUCGAGAGAAGCUGCAAAAGCAAUACAUCAACACCAACCUGGCUGGUCACUUGGAGGAUAUGGUGAACGUGGCCUACAAUAAGUUCCAUGCCUGGCAGUCAAAGCGAAUGCUGAAGAAGACGUGAUGCUACUUUGCUUUGGAGACGUUUUGCGAGCGCGCGAGAGAGAGAGAGAGAGAGCAAGCAAGCGAGAGGGAGGGCGUCACCCGCAAAGCCCCAGCAAAACCCACCGUAAGCUCACCCACCGGCUCUGGCGGAUCGCGAGCUGGGGUUGCUGUGGCAUUGGAAAGGCUGGAUGUAAUUUAUGGAGCUGCACAUUGGGAGACACAAAUGCAAUAAAGAUGGACCACUCCGGGUGACUGCGGUGACCUGACCAAACCAAACCAGGAGAGCCAUGGGGGCAGGUCACCGGCUACCCAGCCACGAAAGGGGCAGCUGCUCUCUGCACCGAGGCUCUGUCAGUGAUAACGGAGCACCUUCAGCAAUGGUCUUUCUAGCAUCCACUUUUUUUUUUCCUCCCUCCUGUUUUGUGUACACUUUUAAACGGGGAGGAGGGGGGGGUGGGGGGGGGAGACGAUGGCACAAUGUAAAUUGUAAACCCUUUUUUUUUCACAAGUGUCGCCUUCUGACUUUGAAGUCUGUUUGUAACAGAGGGAGAAAAGAGACUCGAUGUGGAUAUUUUAAUUUUAAAUAAAGAAUAAAUGUCAAAA